CAUGGAUCCUCAGCAAAUCUAAAAACAGACGCGGAGGUCAUUCAAAAAGGAACAGCGGCAGACAGAUCGCGCUCGACGGCUCUCGCACCCGCUUCUCGAAAGAGGUGCAGGGGAAGUUGCGCAACACCAUGCGAAAACCCAAGAAUGGCAGCGCGGAAGGCAAGGAUCGAUUGAGGGCACUGGCAGCGGCUGCAGCAAGAGCGGCGGGUGCCAAUUUGACCACUUACUUUGCGGACGACGAUCAGCGGCCAGUCAAUCCAGAUGGACCGGCAGCCACGACGCCCCCAAUCAAGUUGGUGUCAGCUACCGUGGGCAUGUCUGGGACGGGGUCACCUGCAGCACAAUUCACAGCAGGGAGCAGUGCUUCAGCGUUUGCGCCGGCCUCUGCUAGCCUGGAUGCUGCAGCGCUGGGAGGGGGUUCACCAGCGGGACCGCUCAGAUUUGGCCAACCAGAGGGGGCGGAGCUGCAGGCGAAGCACGCCGCGCGCGCCGCGCGGCUGGUGACGUCGGGCGACGGUUUUUUGACGCACAUGGAGACCAGCCGCAGCACCUCGGGGGAGCUACCCCCCCAGCUGGGUCCCCCCGCGCCCCCUGGCCAGCCAAAUCUGGAGUUCCUCCCUGUGCUGCCGCCCAUGCAUGUGCACUCCCACCCCGUCACGACCGGCCAGGGACCCCCGCAGGCUCCAGCGCCCGCGGCGUACGUGCGGCCAAACAGGGAUUCGGCGCAGGCAGUAGUGCCCAAGAUUGUGCUAUCGCGCGCAUCAAGCGCGGGCGCAGCUGCCGGGCAGCUGCCGGAGCUGGACCGCGCCCGGUCGGGCAGCGGCGGGCUGCCCGGCUCCAUCGGCGUCCCGCCCCUCCACCCGCAGCAGCGCAACUGCCCUAUCCCGCAGGUCACGAUCAGCCUCAAGCGCGACCUGAGCCCGGCAGCCGCACCUGGCGACGAGGAGGCCUGGGCCCUAGGUGACGGGGCGUCCAUGGCCGGCAGCC